UGCCGCGGGAUUGUUUUUAUUCGGCCACUGCUAUUUGGGAUAUAGCUGCGGCUGGUACUGCGGUGUGUGGCCAGCUAUGGAGCGCUCGGGUCCCGGCGAAGUGACAGGCUCAGACUCGUCGGGAGCGGACACGCAACUGGCAGUCACCAUGGGCUUCACGGGGUUCGGGAAAAAAGCUCGUACCUUUGACUUGGAAGCAAUGUUUGAACAAACUCGAAGAACAGCUGUGGAAAGAAGUCGUAAAACACUGGAAGCAAGAGAAAAAGAGGAAGAAAUGAACAGAGAGAAAGAAUUAAGAAGACAAAUUGAAGAUAUUGAACCAACAUCUUCAGGCUCAAAUGUGGUCAGAGAUUGCUCAAAAUCAUCUUCCAGGGACACAAGUAGCAGUGAAAGUGAAGAGAGUUCUGAUUCUUCUGAUGAUGAGUUAAUUGGCCCUCCUUUACCCCCUAAAAUGAUAGAAGAACCGGUUAAUCUUAUGGAGGAAGAUAUCCUUGGUCCUUUACCUCCACCUCUUAAUGAAGAAGAGGAAGCAGAGGAAGAAGAGGAGGAUGAAGAGGAAGAGGAGGAAGUGUCUGCUUUGGGUCUGGAUCCCUCAGGUGCCCGUUUGGUGACUGGAGGAUAUGACUAUGAUGUUAAGUUUUGGGAUUUUGCUGGAAUGGAUGCUUCUUUUAAGGCAUUUCGAUCCCUUCAGCCCUGUGAGUGCCAUCAAAUCAAGUCACUACAGUAUAGUAACACAGGAGACAUGAUUCUUGUUGUAUCUGGAAGCUCUCAGGCCAAGGUGAUUGACAGAGAUGGUUUUGAAGUAAUGGAAUGUAUAAAAGGAGACCAGUAUAUUGUGGACAUGGCCAACACCAAGGGCCACACAGCAAUGCUUCAUACUGGUUCAUGGCAUCCUAAAAUAAAGGGAGAAUUUAUGACUUGCUCAAAUGAUGCGACUGUGAGGACGUGGGAAGUUGAAAAUCCAAAGAAGCAAAAAAGUGUCUUUAAGCCACGGACGAUGCAAGGUAAAAAAGUCAUUCCCACUACGUGCACGUAUAGUAGAGAUGGAAACCUCAUAGCAGCUGCCUGCCAGAAUGGAAGCAUACAGAUCUGGGAUCGAAAUUUGACUGUUCAUCCUAAGUUCCACUAUAAACAGGCUCAUGACCCAGGCACAGACACUUCUUGUGUGACUUUUUCCUAUGAUGGUAAUGUCCUUGCUUCUCGUGGAGGUGAUGAUACAUUAAAAUUAUGGGACAUCCGACAAUUUAAUAAACCACUUUUUUCAGCCUCAAGUCUUCCCACCAUGUUCCCAAUGACUGACUGCUGUUUCAGUCCAGAUGAUAAACUCGUAGUCACUGGUACAUCUGUUCAAAGAGGAUGUGGUAGCGGCAAACUUGUUUUCUUUGAGCGUAGGACUUUCCAAAGGGUGUAUGAAAUAGACAUCACAGAUGCGAGUGUUGUCCGCUGCCUGUGGCAUCCAAAGCUGAACCAGAUCAUGGUUGGAACUGGAAACGGAUUGGCUAAAGUCUAUUAUGACCCCAACAAGAGUCAGAGAGGAGCAAAAUUAUGUGUGGUUAAAACCCAGCGGAAGGCGAAACAAGCCGAGACUCUAACCCAGGACUACAUCAUCACACCUCAUGCCUUGCCUAUGUUCCGUGAGCCCCGCCAACGGAGUACAAGGAAACAGCUGGAGAAGGACAGGCUGGAUCCCCUGAAGUCGCACAAACCUGAACCUCCUGUAGCAGGCCCAGGUCGUGGUGGCCGAGUUGGAACCCAUGGGGGCACUCUGUCAUCAUACAUUGUGAAGAACAUUGCUUUGGACAAGACUGAUGACAGUAACCCCCGGGAAGCCAUUUUGCGUCAUGCCAAAGCAGCGGAAGACAAUCCAUAUUGGGUUUCUCCAGCAUAUUCCAAGACUCAGCCCAAAACCAUGUUUGCCCAAGUUGAAUCUGAUGAUGAAGAAGCAAAGAAUGAGCCAGAAUGGAAAAAACGUAAAAUUUGAAGAAUCUCAUUUGGGAGCUGUUUGCGUGAGGGGGAGGGACAUGGAACAGGACUUUUUUUUUUUAAUGCUUAAGAAAUAAAAAAUACGUUUUUAUGAA